CUAAAGUUUAAUAUCCUGACAUAUCCUUAGCAAAAUGUAAGCAAAGUAUCUUUUUUAUGAUUAGUAUGGACAUCCCCUGGCCUCUAAAACCUAGCUCACUCCUAAUUAAAAAACUAAUACUUAGUUUUAGGUAAUAUUAAAAGUGGAAGCAGACAUUUAUAAUCUAACUUGUGCCUUCUAUUACUGUGACUUUUUCCAGUCUUGGGAUGCUUAUUUCCGCCAAGUUCAGAAUGGGAUGCCUCCAGGACAGGCCUACCAACCACCACCCAUUCUGGGACAGAUGGCUGGCAUGGUAGCAACAAGACAAACUGUUCCAAGUGCUGUGGACCAAUCCACUAUCAACAGUCUUGUGUCAGAUCACUUGGCAGUGUACUCUUUGAUUCGUUGUUACCAGAUCAGGGGUCAUAACAAAGCCCAGUUAGACCCUCUUGGUAUCCUGCAGGCUGACCUCUCAGAUUCCAUUCCUGCUGAUCUUUCUCUUGAAUACUGGGGACUUGGAGAGGCUGAUCUAGACAAAGUUUUCCAGCUUCCUAACACAACGUAUAUCGGUGGCAACACUGAUGUUUUGACUUUAAGAGAAAUAGUCAGCAGGCUUGAGAGUUCAUAUUGUGGACACAUUGGGCUGGAUUACAUGUUCAUUCCAGAAAAAUCUAAAUGUGACUGGAUUAGGAAGAGGUUUGAGAAGUGA